AUGUCGUCGAUUGAAGAAUAUGAAUUAUUGAAGAAACGUGGUACAUGGACUGAUCGUCUGAUAUAUAUUCGAUCAUUACCGGAUCGAACACAAAUCGAAACCCAUUUGAAACAAUCGGCAAAUCUCUUAGAUAUAUUCAAUGCCGAUAAUUUACCCGUUCGACAACGUGGUAAAGCAGCUGAAGCUUGGCUACGUCUUGAAGUCGAUGAAAAACAAGUGCAUCAAUUUGUCAUCAAUGCUAUAAAUAAUAAGAAUAUUCCUCGACGAAUCAAACAUCAUAUUCUUAAAUCUCUACAUAAAGAAUGUCGUUCGAAGAAAUUCUCGACGUCAUUCUAUUACAAUCUAGCUUGUACUUUGACGUCAUCUAUUGAUCAUAAUCAAUUUAAUAUCGAUGCACAUACAUUGCCGUACUGUUCAACUACUGAACAAAUUGAGGAUCUACUCUCACGUUGGUCAAUUUCUCGUUUUGAUCAAAUUGAAAAUACGUCACCGUUACGUUCGAAAUUGCUUCGCUAUCAAACGCUCAUCGCCAUUCGAUUGAUCAAAAAUGAUUUAGCAUCAAAAUACAACGUUAAUGACGAACUGGAAAGUUACUUUCGAAAUAAUCGAGAACUCUUUCUUUUUCUUGCUCAACAAGAACCAAAGGUUAUGUGUCGUUUUGCCAUCGAGCAUUUGAAACGAUUGGAUAAACACAAACGAAUUUUGCCAGAAUUUAUUUAUGAGAAACAAAAACGAAUGUUUGCUAAAGCACCAGAUGAGAUGAUCGAAUUGAUUAGCUUGACCGCUACUUAUCAGCCAGGUUAG